AUGAGUCGAGUUACAAAUUGCAUUGUCGUUAUUUUCGUCAGUGUCCUUUUCUCGGUCAUUAGUUCCGAUGAUCCCUGUCGUUUUGAAUCUAAAGAAAAAGGAGUCAUUGACAUAUCGUCGUUAGCUAACAAAGAUGGAAAAGCCGCAUUUCCCGAUGAAACACCUUCGAUAGGAUCUAACUAUAUUUAUAGCUACAACCCGUGCAAGUCUUUUAGUGAAGGCGACACAUGUAAAGACGUUGCUGUUUGUCAAGUGUCGAAAGACAAAACACUUACAUUCAUUCUCGGUAAGCAAGAUAGUGCCAAAUGGAACGAAGGAGCUGGUGCCGGCACGAAUCCAACAAUCGAAUAUACGUUUGAACUAAAACACGUCACUGUUGAACUUCAAUGUACGGACAGUGCAACUGCUGAGUUGGAAGCGUUAGGUGAAAGUCCAACAAACAAUUAUAAGUUUCGUUUACUAUCCAAGUGUUCUUGUUGGAACGGAUGCAAAGCGGCGGGUGGCGGUGGUUUACCUGGAGGUGUUGUGUUUAUCAUUAUUCUACUGGUUCUUGCUGUGGUUUAUAUCAUUGGAUUUGCCAUAUACAAUAAAGUUCGCCUUCAACGAACAGGUUUGGAUAUUCUGCCGCAUCGAACAUUCUGGGUAGCUUUGCCAGUCUAUGCAAGAGAUGGUGUUAUAUACAUAUUUCGACGUGCUACAGGAAAAGAUGGAAGUCUGUCAGAUAUCAUACUCUUUUCACAGUUCCAUAGCUGUUUGUCUUCAUUGCAAACAAAUAAACAACUUUGUAUGAAACAUAUUUUACGACAUAACGAAGAACUUAUAUGUCAAGCUCAUGUCUGCUGUGAUCAGUUCAAUCAAUUGAUUCCACAGAUCGAGAGUCUGUCAUUUGAACAACAAUUCACAUUAGCUGAAGAACAUUUGAAUAUUUGGAUGGACAAGCAAAUGAAACAGUUGAACAAAAUCUAUCAAUAA